CCAUCAUCACACCACAUCCAAAGCAAAUACUACUAACUCAAUUAAGCCAUGGCCAAGCUUCUCCAAACCCUAAUCUCCAUCGCCCUCCUCCUCGCCGCCGCCGCCAACACCGCGCGGUCCCAAUCGACAGCCUUCACGUACGACUUCUGGGGCGACCAGCCGACCGAUCUCCUCUACCAAGGCGACGCCCACUUCCCGUCGGACUCCACCUUCCUCCGCAUGACCAACACCACCAGCUCCGGCAGCGCGGUCCAGUACAGCGUCGGCCGGGCCGUGUACUCGGCCCCGAUCACGUUCUGGGAGGCCGGCGCGCAGGUCGACUUCGAGACCACCCUGACGUUCGCCGUAACCCCCAACGCAGGCGACACGAACCCCGCCGACGGCGUGACCUUCUUCAUCGCCCCCGUCGGCUUACCCCUCGGCUUCACCGGCGGCUGCUUCGGAAUCUUCAACUCCUCCGGCGUCGGCCCCGCCGUCUUCGCCGUGGAAUUCGACGUCUUCUCCAACCCCGGAGUGGAUCCUAGCUAUCGCCAUAUCGGGAUCGACAUCGAAUCUAAUGUUUCCAAAAAUGUGACCAACGUCGGCAACGCGUUGCUCGGGCAGCAGGUGACUGCGCGCAUCAACUACCUGGAAGCCACUAAGCUGAUCAGCGUGAGCCUCGCCGCCGGCUCGCAAACAUACGAGGUGAGCUAUGUGUACGACCUGAGCGCCAUUCUUCCUCAGCAGGUUCAGGUCGGGAUCUCCGGGGCCACCGGAGGCGAAGUCGCCGUGCACGACAUCGUCUCGUGGUAUUUCACGUCCACCCUCGUGCAUGCCGACGCCGCCGCCGGCAAAGAGGAGGAAGGGUACAUCCGGCAAUAUGUGUGAUUUAAAUUAAUUAUGAUGUGUUGUGUUGUGUUGUAAAUUAGGACUAGCGAUGGAAUUUUCUCUCGUUCUAAGUUCUAAAAAUAAGACGAUAAUAAGACUCUCUCGUUUAAUUUUCC